AUGCCCUCAUUAUAAAUUAAUUUAACAGAAUAAUAAGAUUAAGAAAGGACUUAUGUUAUUACAAUUUAUGCUUAAUUUUUAAAUCUUACUUUCAAUAGUAUUUGUAAAAUGUUUAUGUCUAUCACGAUUUUAGAUUAAAAUGAUACAAAUAUUUAUGUAAUAUACAAUCAAAAUUUUCCUCAGUACAGAUAUAUUGAUGGGGCUGAAAAAAGUGAAUCAGUCUUUUUAGGCUAUUCAGGCAAGUUAUUAUCAUAUAUUGUGAAUUCAGAUAAUAAAUAAUUUGGAUUUUUUAAGUAAACAACAUUAUAAACCUUUUUCGAAUUAUAAAAUCAAAUAUUUUACUUGGCCUAAUUAUUAAACCCAACUUAAGGUGUUGGAAAAUAGAAGAUUUAUUUUAUCGGAGUUACAAACGAAUCGAUAUAAAUUUUUUAUUCAAAUUUCCUUUUAAAUUCAUUUUAUCCUUUUAUGAAUAUUACUUAUAAGUGGCUUAUGACAUAGAUCAAACAUUAAUAAUAGGACUUAGUGAUAAUGAUACAAUCUACCUUUAUUAAAUAUACGAUUCUGCCAAAUUACCCUAUUUCUCUUUUGAGUAUAAAUUUGAAUAAUAAAUUUUCAGAAUUUUUAGUAACCUUUAAUAACUUGAUAACUUUGUUUAUAAAUAAAGAAAUUUAAAUCAUGACUUUAAACUACACUGAUCUAGUAAUUAUUAAUUAAAUGAUGAUUAAUAACUUAUAUAAUACAGACAGUUUUAUAAAAUUUAAUCCAAUCUAAAUAGCUGUGAAUCCUUAAUCAUUAUCUUCAUGUCUGUUUAUCAAUAAUAUUAACAAUGUCAUUAUUAUUGCUAUUGGUUAAAAUAAUAUCCCAAUACCAAUUUCAAUCAUAGAGUGUAAAUUCUAAAUUAAAUAAAUAAACAUUGUGAAUCAAUAAUUAGUAUUAUCCUAUAUUUGCAAUUAAGGGUUUGAUCUCUGUUUCUAAGUAUGGAGUAUUCAAAAGUUUAGAGACCCAUUUUUUAUGAAAAAUAUGAUCAGUGGAAAGUAUGAGAAUUAAGUAUAAAUACUAUCUGAUAACUUGUUUUUUUAUAUCCAAUUUUCAAAUUACACUGUUUUCGUUUAUAAUCCUUAAUUACCAGAACAUAUGAGUUUAUAAUAUGAACUCAAUUUAUCAUCAUAAUUGAGAUGCUCAGUUUAAAGAAUCUUAUAUUAUGAAAAUACAAUCAAUUCAUUAUCAACUAGACAAAGUUUUAAUCUUUAUAUAAAUUAAUCUCUAAACUUUGAGCACUCUUACCCAAUUAUGAUUUAUAAUUAUAAUAUUACUACUGUUUUUAAUUAAACAGCUCUUUAAUCUACACCUAAUUAAAGCUUAAUUUACUUAUCAAAUUUCACCUAUUUCUAACCAAAAAUUAAUAAAACUAUAUUUUUGUAGAUACAAGAUUUAAAUUUAAUUGAUCGAACUUUCACUAUCCCUAUGAAUAUAAUCCUUGAUAGACAGGCUAAUCGUUGCUAUUUUUCUGAUAGUUCUGAUAAUUCUUAUGUAGAAAAUGUUGAUUAAUUUGAUGAAGAAUAAUUUUCAAAUAAUUUAUGCAACCUACCAAAUUUCGGUUACUUCAUAACUAUCCCCAAUUAAAAUUACACCUUAAUAACUGCAGUAAAUAACUAAUUUUUUGUUCUGUAAAACAAUAACGAAAUCAAAAUUGUUAAUUCGAAACUUGAAAUUCUUUAAUUUUUUGAUAAUUCUAAUUUAAAUUUUACAGAGUGCUUAAAAUCAACAUCUUUUAAUUUAACAAUAUCUUAUAUUUGUCAAAAUGAAACUGCAUAAUAUAAUAUUGGCUUAGCAUUUCCCUUGACUCUCUUGGAAAUGUUUCAGAUGUUAACUUAUUUUUUAUUCCUCAUAAAUUUAUUGAGAUAUCUAAAAUAAAUAAUAUAGCUUAAUUUAACUUUAUUUUGGGCUCUUAUAAUUCUAAAUAUCAAUACGUAUACUUCUUUACUUCAUUAAACAACAGCAUGUAGAAAUUAGGUUUUAAUGGUGAUUGUCAAGACUUUUCAGUAGCUCAAUUAAAUUCUAGUUUAGAUUUAAAUUAAUCAAAUUUAAUUGUUAUUUUAUACAUCAUUAAUAAUGUGCCCUAUUCUUAAUAUCUAUAAUUUAGUGAAAAUUCAAUAACAUUGA